AUGUCGACGACGGCAGCGGCAUCCAUCCGCAUCGGAACGGCCUCGCCGGCCACGGGCCCCACCACGUCGGCCACGCUCGCUCAGCUCGGCGCGCUGGCCCGGCGCGCGGCCGGCCACGGCAUCGACCUGCUGGUGCUGCCCGAGGCCUACCUGGGCGGCUACCCGCGCGGCGCCUCGUUUGGCUGCGUCGUCGGCGAGCGCACCGCCCAGGGCCGCGACGAGUUUGCGCGCUACUUCGACGCCGCCGUCGACCUCGGCGACACGGUCGGCGACGGCGCCGGCGCGGGGGCCCGUUGGCUCCGCCGCGAGCUCGGCGACCACGACACGGUGCGCGGCGACGGCACCAGGGAGGCGCUCGAGGCCAUUGCCGGCGACACGGGCGUCUUCCUCGUCGCCGGCUGCAUCGAAAAGGCCGGCGGCAGCCUCUACUGCGCCGCCGUCUACGUCUGCCCGCGCGAGGGCGUCGUCGGGAAGCGCCGCAAGGUCAUGCCGACGGGCACCGAGCGCCUCGUCUGGGCCCAGGGCUGCCCCAGCACCCUGCGCGCCGUCUCCACCACCAUCCGCGGCACGCGUGUCAACCUCGCCGCCGCCCUCUGCUGGGAGAGCUACAUGCCGCUGCUGCGCCAGAGCCUGUACGCGCAGAACAUCAACCUCUACCUUGCGCCCACCGCCGACGGCCGCGAUGCCUGGCUCGGCCUCAUGCGCACCAUUGGCGUCGAAGGCCGCUGCUUCGUCGUCAGCAGCAACAUGUGCGUCCGCCGUGACGCCCGCCCUGCGGCCCUGCCGUCGACGACUUCGCCGCGUCCCAAGCACCGCCGCAAGUCGGUCGUCUUCGAUGACGACGGCAACGAGAUUGUCCUGUGCCGCCAAGAAGACGACGACGACAGCGCCGUCGAUGCCCGGCCGUCGCCACACGACUUUGUCUCGCGCGGGGGCUCGUGCAUCGUGUCGCCGUUUGGAGACGUCUUGGCCGGGCCGCAGUGGGAAGACGACGACGGCCUCAUCUACGCCGACGUCGACAUGCGGGACUGCAUCCGCGGGCGGCUAGAUAUCGACACGGCGGGGAGCUACUCCAGAAACGAUGCCUUCAAGCUCACGGUGCAGGGGCUCGACAUGGAUCCGCUGCCUUACUAA